AUGGCCAUGCGUGCAGCCAACCAGGUUGUUGAGGGCGAGAACGGUGUCCUGCCGAACGCCAUGGCCGGGAAGGCUGCCGCUGGUGCCAAGGCUGCCCUGGGUCUUCAGGGCCAAAGCAAACGGCGAGCGCUGGGUGACUUGUCGAACCAGCAACCUGCCGCUGCUGCUGGCAAGCCGGUUUUGGGCAAGGAGAAGGCUACAGCCCCUGCUCCGGCAGUGGAGGGUGGUGUCAAGACCCGUGCCGCAGCCAAGAGGGCCGACGGAGCUGUUGUCAAGGAUGCGCCUAUGCCUACUGGUGCCACGCUGCGGCCGGCGCAGCUUGUGCCGCGUACGCGUGCUCAGGCUGCUCAGGCCCAGCGGGUUCAGGGCCCGAGCAUGAGCUCUCUUUUGUCGCAGCGCAGCGAGGCGUUUGUCGGGAGCCAGAGCGUCCGGGCUCCUCCACCAUCGCCGCUGCCGGAUAUUGACAGUGGAGAUAAGCUCAAUCCGCUUAUGGCUGCAGACUACGUGAACGACAUUUACAACUACUACAAGCGCGUCGAGGCCAAGUACAAGGUUCCCGCCGAUUACAUGAGCAAGCAGACGGACAUCAACGACAAGAUGCGUGCGAUUCUCGUCGAUUGGCUUGUUGAAGUGCACCUUAAAUUUAAGCUGAUGCCGGAGACGCUAUUCUUGACGGUGAACCUGAUCGACCGCUUCCUUACGGAAAAGCAGGUCACGCGCAAAAACCUUCAGCUGGUAGGCGUCACGUCCAUGCUGAUCGCCUCUAAGUAUGAGGAGAUCUGGGCCCCCGAGGUCCGCGACUUUGUCUACAUCUCCGACCGCGCUUACACGAAGGAGCAAAUCUUGGGCAUGGAGAAGAUCAUGCUCAACACUCUAAAGUUCCAGCUGACGCUGCCAACUACCUACAACUUCCUGGCCCGCGACUUGAAGGCUGCCAACAUGCACUUUGACAAGGAUGUUACAAUGCUGUCCAGCUACCUUAUUGAGCUGGCCCAGGUGGACGCUGGUAUGCUUAAACACUACUACUCCAUCAUCGCCGUAGCAGCACUGCACGUGGCUAUGUGCUCGUAUGAGAAGGCGGACACCUAUCCGCGUGCGCUCGAGAAGCACUGUGGUUACAGCCUGCAAGAGGUGUUGCCCGUUGCCACUGCCCUCGCGGAGCUUAUGCAGAAGGCCCCGACAAGCAGUCUGACUGCGGUCUGGAAGAAGUACAGCUCGUCCAAGUACAACGAGGCUGCGAAGCGUUCCCCGCCGGCCCAUCUCCUGCCGCAGCAGCUGCCAGUCGCAUGA